CUUUGACUUCGACUCGACUCGCCUUUUCCCUUUAGCAACUCCGUCGUCGCCAACCCCUCAGUCGCAGUCCUCACAACCGUCGUGAUGGCGCAAGAACGCUCCGGAAUCUCGGUGGGCCUGAACAAGGGUCACAAAACCACCCCCCUCAACACCCCCAAGACCCGCGUCAGCCGCACCAAGGGCCAGUCGUCCCGCCGCACUGCCUUUGUCCGUGAGGUUGCCCGCGAGGUUGUCGGUCUUGCCCCUUAUGAGCGCCGCAUCAUCGAACUCCUGAGAAACACUCAGGACAAGCGCGCCCGUAAGCUCGCGAAGAAGAGACUCGGUACUUUCGGCCGCGGUAAGGCCAAGGUCGAGGACAUGCAGCGCGUCAUCGCCGAGGCCCGCCGUGUCGGUGGCCACUAAGCUACUCGCACGAGUCCUCUGAAAAAACCACACCGCGAUACCGUUUCCGUUUCCGUUUUAAAGUUUUUUCUUCCUAAAAACCCUCCCUUUUGGGCCCACGAGAUAACGAAACACAAAAAAUGAGAAUUUUGGGUGGUAUGGGUCG